UCAGCCCCUGCGGUUAGCUCCCUGCACCGGUCAAGAUGGCGGACAGACCAGUUCCAGUUGUUGAGAAGCGCCUGAUGGACGUAAAACUGGGAGAACUGGGAACCUGGAUGGGAGGUCGAGACUUCACCCCCAACGGGCUCCUCGCUGCGAUCCGCAGAGGUCACGACAGAUACUACAACAAGUACAUCAAUGUAAAGAAAGGAGGCAUCGGUGGUGUGGCCAUGCUGCUGGCUGGAUACGUGGCCAUCAGCUACCUGUGGGAAUACGACCACAUCAAGCACGAUCGCUGGAGGAAGUACCACUGAGCCUUUCCAGCAGCCAUCACACCAUCGGGGGUUGAACCAGGAGUUCCCAGCUCCCCUCGCUGUUUAUACCCUCAGUUAUAUUGUGUUAAUAUGUGACCAAUAAAAAUUAUAAGUGUA